AGGGCGUUAAAAUGGCGACGUCUAUUGAGAGUCAUGUCGUUGACAUAACUACGUGUGCAAUUUGUCUGGAGAAACUGAAGAUUCCAAAGUAUUUACCGUGUUUACAUACAUUUUGUGAAAGUUGCUUACGGACCUAUAUUACUGCUAUAUUUGAGAAGGAACACAAACAAAGUAUUGAAUGUCCGGUAUGUAGGACCACGGUUACUAUAUCGAAGGAGGUCAAUACACCUGAUGAAUGGGCCAAAGUGUUACCAUUGAAUUUCCUUAUCGUUGGAUUAUUAGAGAAGGAAAAAGUUGAGAGACCACAAAAACAAUGCAUGGUAUGUGAACGAAUGGAAACAAAAUCGGAGGCAAGUUUUAUUUGUGUUGAUUGUUCUGAUUUAUUAUGUUCAAAUUGUGAAAAACACCAUAAAGCAAACAAAAUCUUAUGUGACCACGAAAUAAGACAAAUAAACGAACUUUCAUCGGUCACUGAUUGCAUAAUGACCUUUAAAAAUAAAUGUUUUGAACACAAAGGAGAAGAACUCAAAUUGUUUUGUGCCGACCAUCACACUCCAUGCUGUUCGAUGUGUGUAUCAAUCCAUCAUCGGCGAUGUGAAAAGGUUCUUUCCAUUGAAGAUGCUGCCAUGGAAUAUGCGAAAUCUGAUGAAGUCAAAUAUUUGAAAACCCAUCUUGCCAAUGUUGAUUGUGAUGUAAACGCAAUCAUAAAAGAUCGAUCCUCUGCAAAGGAAAAUAUAGAUAAGGAGUAUAACCAAAAACAAAGAGAUCUUGAGGUUAUUUUCAGUGACCUUGUUGCCAAAAUUAAUGAUCUCAAAGUCAGACGAGAAGCAGAACUUCUAAAAAUUUACAACGAGGCAAAAGAAGCGAUAGAUACUACUAUAAUAAUUUUUCAAAACAAGCAAAAAAAUAUAGAAAACGAAAAACAAAUUAUAGAUGCAGCCGUGAAUAUGGCAUCCAAUGUACAAGUUAUGAUAGAAGUUGAAAAGUUGAAGAAACAUGUAGAAGAACAUAAACAAGUUAUUCAAAGCAAGAUUAAGGAUAUCGUGAAUUAUGAACUAUUACUUCAGGAUGUAGAAAAUAUAACUAAAUUAGCUGAACGAAUGGAGAAGGCGUGUCAGAUUUCAUGCAAAAAAACAAACAAAUAUUUUGAAUUGAGCAGUGUGACUGUCACGCCUAAUGUCUCAAAAAUAUUCAGCUGCUGUCGUUUCGGAAAACAUACUUGUGUUUGGGAAGUCAAUGGUGCAAAACAAGACGCAAUUUGUGUUUCGCUAUCAAAGGAAAUAGAACUAUACGGACUUCUAUCGUAUGUAUGUAAAGAUGCAUUGGCGACAUGUGACGUGACCGCUAUAAUUAAAGACAAUACAACAGAUCUUGUUGUAGUGAAAGACACUUUAGAUAGUAAAGUAGCCGAAAAUAAUACUGUUAAAAUAAUGUUCCCAAAACCCGUGAAACUUUUGGCUAAUAAAAAGUACCAUGUUGUUGUAUUGAUGAAAGGUACUUUAUGUUUUGCUGGUAAAGGUGGGAAAACUGUAGUAGACAGUAACGGUGUAGUGUUUACUUUUGACAAGUCUCCACUUAGUUAUAACGGAACAAAUACCACCUCAGGUCAAAUUCCUGGAUUUGUAUUCAAAAUUUCUGAUGAAUUAUGAAUGUUAUAUUAAAACCUACUCCUUACAUCGAUAAGAACAUUUAAUAUUUUGUGAAGUCAUUUUAUACUACUAAUGAUAAGAACAAUAAGAAAUUUAUUUCUGGACUUCAAGUUGAUUUUCAAUCAAACUUUGACACAUUCCCUGUCUCCGUUCUCAAUUUUAAUGUAUAAAAUACAAAUCUUUGAAGAACCAGUCUACUGUACACUAACUGGUAAUGUUCAUUUAAUUGUGAAAAAGGACAAUUAUUCUACAACUGCUUACAUUUAUAAAGUAAAUGACUUUUAAAUGUAAUCAUGUAUUUGACAAUGUUUUACAAAAAGUUAUUGUAAGUUCUUUAAACAUUAAAAAUUAUCCAGUGAGUGAUAACUUAACUGAUGACAUCAGUGGUCAAAUUCUCUGAUUUGUUUUUU